AUGGUGUCAGUGACCAAUCGAAAUAGAAAUCAGUGGACACCAUGGAAAGAGAAGGCGAAACCAAAUUUGAAAAUUCGACAUCGCUUUAUUCAGAUAAUCCGGAAUUACGAGGCUGAGGACAUCUCAUGCGAGAUCAUAGUAAACAAAUUAAAUGUACAUUGGGAUGACGUUAUAGGCAUAGAGGAAUGUAAAACCGCUGUUAAGGAGGCCGUUGUGUAUCCCCUUAAGUAUCCUAUCUUUUUUGAUGGCCCGUUUUCCCCCUGGAAAGGUAUUUUGCUGUACGGCCCACCUGGUACAGGGAAAACGAAGUUAGCGAAGGCAGUCGCGACAGAAUGCCAUUGCACCUUUUUUAACAUAACUGCCAGCUCAUUGGUCAGCAAAUGGAGAGGCGAUUCCGAGAAGUAUAUACGUGUUUUAUUUGAACUUGCCUAUAGUCAUUCGCCUACAAUUAUUUUUAUCGACGAGAUUGACUGGAUCGCCACAAAUAAAGGAGACUGUAUAUUGUCUGAACCUGCAAAGAGGUUCAGAUCAGAACUUCUUUCUAGAUUGGAUGGAUUAGUGUCUAAUGAGAAUUCUAAUGUAGUUCUUCUGGCUACAACUAAUUCCCCUUGGGGCAUUGAUGCAGCUUUACUCAGGCGUCUCGAAAAGCAAAUAUACGUAUCAUUACCCAAUGAAGUUGCUCGACUUGGUAUAUUCAAAUUAUACCUUAGCAACCACUUAUUAGAAAAUACAGAUAUUGUAAACCACAUAGUAAAAUGUACUGAAAGAUAUUCUUGUGCAGAUAUAAAAUUGCUUUGUAAGCAAGCGUGGCUACUAGAAAUAAGCCCGAUAUGGAGGAGACUUGAAAAGAAAGAAACACCUGUUACCACUUUGAAAUAUGAAUUAAAAAGUUAUGAAAUAUUAGCAAAAUUGUUAAAAAAAAAUGUCACCUACAGUUAUGCAAAUAGAUAAAUAUGAUACGUGGAACAAAUAAAUACGCAAUCGUAAGGACAGAUAUUGAAAAAUAUAAAUAAAUGGAUUAUCGUUCGAGAAAUCAUUCGUAUGUGUGUGCAUGUGUGUGCGCGCACGCGCUAUAGGCUAAGUUUAAAAUGUUCGGUUGUAUUAUAUCCUUGUAUUAUAUAUGUCGGAGAUGAAAGGAAAACCGGAGCCUUCCCUUUGCAAUUUUGAGGAAGCCUUCUAAUGCUUUAGCCUAGAUUUUAUCAUAACUGUAAUUAAGCAAUUGUCAUUUGUAAUUGUUUGAUAUUUGUGAAAGCGAAAGUGGGUUCGAGGUGACAACUGGUCGCCGAACGUAGCCACGGUCACGGGAUAAACGUUUUGCCUGACGAAGGUGUGGAUCGGUUGUAUUGUUCUCCCUAGAAAUCACAUAGAAUUGUACUUUGGAGAUGUCGAUAUAAUGGGACACACGUUGUAUUAGGAAUCAAUCUCAAGACAGAAACUGCCUAGUAACGGCGUUUGAAUCUUUCUCGAUGUUUCCAAAGAGUAUACAACAAACUUUUGACAGAAAUUGCCUAGCAACAACGAUUGGAACCUUCUCGAUGUUUCCAGCGAGCAUAUAACAAACAAAUGCAGUCGUAUAGCGAAAAAGAUUUUCAUCAGAUAUUCAUUCGUGUGAUCGCCUUGGAAAGUGAUACAUCGAGCAAUUUACCGAGUGUCUUAGCAAUCGUAUUUUUUUGUGUUUAAAAUUAUUCUACGCAUAGUAAAAAGUUAUCCCGUUGACCGUGGAUUCGUUUGAACCCAGGAACAUUGUUAAUAGCGUUAAUUAAAUUCAUUAUUCGUUAAAUUUAUUAUUCGUAAAACAUGUUAUUCGUUACUCUUAUUAUUCGUUAAACUUAUUAUUCUUUAAUCUAAUCAUUAGUUAAACUUAUCAUUUGUUAAUCUUAUCAUUCAUUAAACUCAAUAUUCAUAAUAUUUUGCAAAAUCUUGUAUAUUCGCGUAAAUAUAAUCUCUGUUUCGUAAAACAAUGGCUAAUUAUUCGUUCCUCUUAUUGUUCGUUAAACUUAUUAAUCUUUAAUCUAAUUAUUAGUUAAACUUAUCGUUUGUUAAUCUUAUUAUUUAUUAAACUCAUUAUUCAUAAUAUUUUGUAAAAUCUUGUUUAUUCGCGUAAAUAUAUUCUCUGUUUCGUAAAACAAUGGCUAAUUCAAACGAAGGAUUACGCGCCUUAAAUCCUAAUGAUAACCCGACAUAUAUAUGUGAGUGUAUUUUAUCAAAAAUAUAUUUUUUAUGUUUUCUUAUCUUAGUAAUUAUUUUUAAAAAAGUCUUAAAGUCUUAUAUGAAAAUAAAGCUGUUCUUUAUUUCAAAUAAUUGAAGUAAAUAAAUACAAUGAGUUUUAUAUUUUAUUAUAUCUUA